AUGCAGGAGAAGAUGGUGGAUGAAGGAGAAGGUGGUGGAUGCAGGAAGAGGAUGAAGGAGAAGGUGGUGGAGGAUGCAGGAGAAGGCUACCUGACAGUCAACAUUGAGCCCCUUCCCCCUGUGGUGGCUGGGGACGCAGUGACCCUGAAGUGUAACUUCAAGACAGACGGCCGCAUGCGUGAGAUCGUAUGGUACCGGGUGACAGAUGGCGGCACCAUCAAGCAGAAGAUCUUCACCUUUGACGCCAUGUUCUCCACCAACUACUCGCACAUGGAGAAUUACCGCAAGAGGGAGGAUCUCGUGUACCAGUCCACUGUGAGGCUGCCCGAGGUCCGGAUCUCAGACAAUGGUCCCUAUGAGUGCCACGUGGGCAUCUACGACCGAGCCACGAGGGAGAAGGUAGUCCUCGCCUCAGGCAACAUCUUCCUCAAUGUCAUGGCUCCUCCCACGUCUAUCGAAGUUGUGGCUGCUGACUCCCCGGCCCCCUUCAGCCGGUACCAGGCCCAGAACUUCACGCUGGUCUGCAUCGUGUCUGGAGGGAAACCAGCGCCCAUGGUUUAUUUCAAACGUGACGGGGAGCCGAUAGAUGCCGUGCCCCUGUCAGAACUGCCAGCAGCCAGCUCUGGCCCAGUCCAGGACAGCAGGCCCUUCCGCAGCCUUCUGCACCGAGACGUGGAUGACACCAAAAUGCAAAAGUCACUGUCCCUGCUGGACACUGAAUACUGGGCUGGACGUCCCUACACGGAGCGCCCCUCGCGCAGCCUGACCCAGGACCCCAGCCUCCUCGUGCCUCCCACCACGGAAAACAUCCCGGAAACAGUGGUGAGCCGCGAGUUCCCCCGCUGGGUACACAGCUCCGAGCCGGUCUACUUCCUGCGCCACAGCCGCACCCCAGGCAGCGAUGGCACGGUGGAGGUGCGGGCCCUGCUCACCUGGACCCUCAACCCGCAGAUCGACAAUGAGGCCCUCUUCAGCUGUGAGGUCAAGCACCCAGCGCUUUCCAUGCCCAUGCAGGCCGAGGUCACGCUGGUCGCUCCCAAAGGACCCAAAAUCGUGAUGACGCCGAGCAGAGCCCGGGUUGGGGACACGGUGAGGAUCCUAGUCCAUGGAUUUCAGAAUGAGGUCUUCCCGGAACCCAUGUUCACGUGGACGCGAGUGGGUAGCCGCCUGCUGGAUGGCAGCACUGAGUUUGACGGAAAAGAGCUGGUGCUGGAGCGGGUUCCCGCUGAGCUCAAUGGCUCCAUGUACCGCUGCACUGCCCAGAACCCACUGGGCUCCACGGAUACGCACACUCGGCUCAUCGUGUUCGAAAACCCAAAUAUUCCAAGAGGAACGGAGGACUCCCGUGGUUCUGCUUCCGGCCCCGCUGGUGUCCGGCUCACCCUGGUGCUUGCCCUGACAGUGGUCCUGGAGCUCACGUGAAGAUGCUGCCCUCCUCCUGGUGUUCUGGCGGCCUGGCAUCUCUGCGAUCGAUUUUCAUUUCUUUUCUAAACUAUUUCCAGUCUUGUUCUUAGUCUUUGCCCAUGUCUUGGCUCUUCUUCACUGGGUUUAAUUAAACAAACAAACAAACCAA